AUGGCAAUCACCAUUCUUCCUCCCGUGGUAGAGGACUUUGGUCCCCGCCAGGAUGAUUCCGAAGACGAGAUGUCUAUGAACUCCGACGAGGACACCGAAAUGGGCGGCGUCUCUCUCGGCCGGCCAACCAAGCGGGCCCGACUUGGAAACAAGAUUGGAAUGGGAAUUGUGACACCCGGUGAGGUGGUCACGGAUGACCCUCAAUGGAUGAGAGGCCAUGGCACCUAUAUGAACCCCCUCUCUACGUCGAUCAUCGCCACAGUCGCCGGUACAAUCAAUAAGACCAAUAAGCUUCUUUCGGUGCACCCAUUGCGGGCCCGAUACACACCCGAGAUCGGUGAUCUGGUAAUUGGAAGAAUCGUGGAAGUGCAGUCCAAGCGGUGGAAAGUCGACGUUGCAGCUCCGCUGCUUGCCGGACUUCCUCUUUCAGCCAUCAAUUUGCCCGGUGGUAUCCUCCGUCGACGAACGAGUGCCGACGAGCUCCAGAUCCGGACUUUCUUCAGCGAGGGCGACUUGGUUGUUGCGGAGGUGCAGAGCGUGCACCAGGAUGGAUCAGCCUCGCUUCACACCCGUUCUCUGAAAUACGGCAAACUUCGAAAUGGUAUCUUCCUUGCUGUUACAGGUACCGGUGGCAGCGGAGCGUCCAGCACCAGCACCAAGGGCGGCGUUGGCUCCGGAUCGACACCGGCUGCUUCGAGCGGGACUGGAGGUGUAGUGCGAUCACGACGACAGGUGUGGACUGUGAACACCGCCAACGGCGGCGGUGAUGUCGACGUUAUCCUCGGAGUGAAUGGAUAUAUCUGGAUCUCCAAACACGCGGACGGAGCGGCUGCAGCCUCUUCGACCACCGAGAACGUCUCCAUUACACGCAUGGAAGAGAUGGUAUCGAGCUCGAUCUACUCCAGUCAAAACGAUGACAUUGCGCCGCAAACACGCCGGGAGAUUGCCCGCCUGGCACAAUGUAUUCGAGUCCUGGUACAAGGCGGCGUACGGGUGGACGAGGAAACGGUCAUGGGGGCCUACGAGGCUAGUCUCCAGGUGGAUCUGGAAGUUGGCGACGAUGAAGAUGACGAAGAGGAGUUACGCCAGGAGGGACGGGAGUAUUUGGAGGGAGCCAAGGCACGGCGCAUUCUGGAGGUGGUGAUUCGUGGGAAUUAG